UCAUCACGCGGCGACCAAAAACAUCCGGUUAUGGUUUCAUCGUUUCGGCGUCUUUGUGUGCUUUAAGAACUUCUAUAUGGUAAUGGAGGACAGCAACCAGCCAGAGGGAGAACCCACACCUUCAGCUCCAUCGCGCACUAAGAAGCCAGACAUGGCGAUUUAUGUUCCCAAGAGGCGACAGGGCGAAAACCAGCCCCAAUCCAAAGAAAAGCCCCAAUCAGGGGGUGAAACGAAACCCAAAGGCAGACCCCGAUACACCGAUAAAGCCCGGAGAUACAACUCCAAGAACAAGAAGGACAAAAGCAGAGGAGAUAAAAAGGAAACCGGGGAUGACGGGUUUACAAAUGGCGAGGAUGAACCAAGCGUGAAGGGAGGAGGAAAAUAUAAAGAUGAAAGCUGUGUGGAAAAGGAAAACGUGGGACAGAGUGUCUCCGACGAGAACGUGAACACCACGACACGCACGACUAGUGAGUUAAAGGCUGCAGAACCUGCAGAUGACAACCUGAAAGACGAAGAAGAGGAGGAGGAGGAGCAUGAUAACUGGGAUUCUUUAUUCACCGAUGAUGGAGAAUGUCUCGACCCACACCUGCUGGAAGAGAUCUCUCAGAAGGCGGGGCAUAACAAGGCGUCCGUUCAGGAGCCGCGCUUCGACUACUAUAAUUGGACGCCGGAGGACGAAGAGGUGGAGCUGCGAGAGGACGAGCUGUCUCAUAUCGUGGAGAUCUACGACUUCCCUUUGGAGUUUAAAACGGAGGAUUUAAUACGAGCCUUCUGCUCCUAUCAGCAGAAAGGCUUUGAUAUAAAGUGGAUCGAUGACACACAUGCUCUCGGCCUCUUCUCCAGUCCCAUAGCAGCACGAGAUGCUCUUAGGACCAAACACCCCAUGCUGAAGGUUCGUCCUCUCUCCAAAUCCUCCUCAGCCACUAAAGCCAAAGCGCGCGACUCCUCAGAUUACCUCCUCCCGGCUAAAGAGCGUCCUCAGACGAGUGCGUCUCUCGCCCGGCGGCUGGUCAUCGGCGCUCUCGGGGUGAAGAGCAAGCAGAGCCAAGAGCAGCGUGAGGCCGAGAGGAACAAGCUACGGCAAGCCAGAGAGCAAAAACAGCUGGCAGCCAAGCAGCGAGAUGACGCCUGGGAAGGGAAAUGAAGCGCUCUCACACACACACACACACACACACACACAGAGCGAGGGAUUGUGACUCACUCCCUCUCUCGACGCAGCUCUGAGGCUCAAUGUGUUCACCGGAUGUCCGAUACGGUUCAAAAUGAAGCCACUUGAUUGGUCGAGCCUGCUGAAAUGAGGUCUAACUGACUGAGGUGGUUUGGGAUUGAAACCACAACACACACACACACACACACAGGUUUAACACACUGUUUACUCAACACCACUUAUUUCUGUUCCUCUUGUAAAUAGUGAUCGUGUGUGUUGAUAUUUUCAGGUUUGUAAAUACGGUCAUUUUAUAAUGUACAGCUUUAAGCUAAAAAACGCAAAGCUUCUUUGUUCUGAUGCCAAAUGACACACCAGUGCUGUGUGUGUGUGAGAGAGAGAAUUGUGACUGAAACCUGUUUUUU